CGACGGCUAUGUAUCGAUACGUCUUGCAUUUCUUGUGAUGCACUUCUCGGCAUCCUUCUUCGUGCGUCGCCAGCCGUCUCGGUUCCACGCUCGUCAUGCCGGCAUCCAUGAUCGAAGGAGUAUCACAGAUAGCAAGAGCAAUGGUGGAGUGUGAAGGAGCGGAGCCGCCUCUCGGACGGGCUAGGGAGCCGCUGUAUGGUGCGCGUGCGUGCAGCAGUGAGGCAGCACUGCAAAUAGAUCGAUGGUAGAUUGGGACAGAGCGAGCCGCUGGCUUUCGGAGGGAGCUUGCCAGGCUGUCAAGAGGCGGUAGAACGCAAUGCCUUCGCCAACAGGCCGCGAGCAUGCGCUUGUAUGGAACGCGGGUCGCGGGGAGGGAGCGAAACAGCUCAGCAAGGUCUCAAGCUGGCAUGUGAAGGGCAAAAAGUCAAUCGACGUGGCUGCAGAACUUGUGGGAGCGACAGUCCUGAUGCAACAGCAACACUGCGUGGGAGUGUGAUAUGACUUUCCAGAAAGAUCCACUCGUGCUCGAGUCAUUGAGAAUAACCAAGAAUGCUGUUCACCAUCGGUCACCUUAUGUGCUGGAUCGGUGU